AUGGCAUUCUUUCUUCCUCUUGCCUUGUUUUUCUUUGUCAGAGUUUGCACCUCCCAGCCAGCCUUUCUCUACCAUGUCUGCGGGAAUAGCGGUGGGAGCUUCACCAGCAACAGCACCUAUAAGGCCAACCUCGAUCAUGUCCUGUCCUUCAUUACCACUACCAAAGAUACUGGCAAUGGCUUUUACAAUUUUUCCUAUGGUCAAAGCUCAGACUCAGCCAAUGCUAUUGGUCUCUGCCGAGGCGAUGUGGAUCCUGAUGUUUGUCGAAACUGCCUCAAUGACUCUAUAUAUGUUCUCAAGCAGAAUUGCCCUAAGCAAAAAGAAGCUAUUGGGUGGUAUGAUAACUGUAUGUUACGCUAUUCAAAUCGCCCAAUAUUUGGUGCAAUGGAAGUUGACCCCAAAUUACUAAUGUUGUUGCCAAGCAACAAUGUAGCACAGGAUGAUCUGUUCAGCCAGAACCUGCGGACAUUGUUUGAUGGCUUGAAAAAGAAUGCUUCUUCUGGUGGUUCUUUAAAGAAGUAUGCAGCUGGAUAUAUACUUGGACCAGGGUUGGGGAGGAUAUAUGCACUUCUGCAGUGCACGCCUGACUUGUCCCAAUCACAAUGUGAUGUCUGCUUAGAUACAGCAUUUAAAGCAACCCCACCAUGUUGUAGGAAAGGUUUGAGAUCUUUUUUACCGAGCUGCAACUUUAGAUAUGACACGUCUCGCUUCUUUGACCUUUCUGAUUAUUCGCCACCACCCGCGCUAGUAUUCACUCCUUCAACUCAUACCAUAUCUACCGAGGGUAUGGCUAAUGGAAAGAAGAACAACACAAAAAAAAUGGUCAUCAUAGUAGUCCUCCCAUUCACGGCACUUUUGGUAUUAGCCACCGGCAUCUAUGCCUUUUUGAGAUCCAGGAAGUUGAGGGAAAGACUUGAGACUAGUGACGAUGAAAUUAGCCCCAUUAACCUCUUGCAAUAUGACUUCAAGACGAUCAGAGACGCAACGAAUGAUUUUUCUAUUUCAAAUAAACUUGGACAAGGUGGAUUCGGUCUCGUUUAUAAGGGUAAGCUUUUCAAUGGACUAGAAGUGGCUGUGAAAAGGUUAGCUCGAGGUUCUCAACAGGGAGAUUCAGAAUUUAAGAACGAAGUUUUAUUGGUUGCUAAGCUGCAGCAUCGGAAUUUGGUUCGGCUUCUUGGCUUUUGCUUCGAGAGAAAUGAAAGGCUCCUCAUCUAUGAGUUUUUAGUUAAUUCAAGCUUAGAUCGUUUCAUAUUUGAUCCAAUCCAGCGCCAAUAUUUGGACUGGCUGAGACGGUACAAAAUUAUAGUGGGCAUCAGUCGCGGCCUCAUGUAUCUGCACGAAGAUUCUCGAUUUAAGGUCAUUCAUCAGGAUCUUAAAUCUAGUAAUAUCUUAUUAGAUGCAGAGCUAAAUCCAAAAAUUACUGAUUUUGGAAUGGCAAGGUUGUGUUCGAUCAACCAAUCUCAUGGUGAUACAAGUAGAAUUAAGGGAACAUAUGGAUAUAUGGCCCCAGAGUACGCAUUAUAUGGACAUUUUUCAGUGAAAUCGGAUGUAUUUAGUUUUGGUGUGCUUCUCCUAGAGAUCAUUAGUGGCCAAAAGAAUAGCUGCUUUCAAGAUGGGGAAAAUACAGAGCACCUUCUGACCUAUACAUGGAAAAACUGGAUGGAAGGGACGGUCACAAACAUCAUUGACCCAAUAUUGGCUAGAACUUGCAUUGAUGAAAUCGUGAAAUGCAUCCAUCUGGGGUUACUCUGUGUUCAAGAAAAUGUAGCUAGCAGACCAACCAUGGCUUCAGUUGUUCUCAUGCUCAAUAGCAACUCCUUGACUCUUCCUGUACCUUCUCGGCCUGGAUUUUUUCUGCAGAGCAAUACCUCAAACUUGCCACAACAUUUCGAUUACACAGAAGGGUCACAGCCCAGCCGAUCUGAGAGCAUUUAUAUUGAAGAAGAAGAAUCACUAUACCAGUAUUCAGCUCAUUGAUGUUCAAAGCUUCCUAGUGUCUCGGGAUGGAGGUAACAACCUGAAAUUAACAUUGGUGUAAACAGUCAACACUGAUCUUCUUUUUAUCUGGAUAUGUGCAUGUAACUUAUUUUCUUCUAUUUGCAAUUGAAUAUUCUGAACUUCAUGAUUGUUUUAAGUUAUAAGUGUUAAGUACAUUAUCCAAUUCCCCUACCAUAAUUUAAACUGAUGGUUUUCUGUCAAGAGUAACUCAAUGUUGUGAUAUGACAAUUACGAAUUUUCACUAACAAUAGUCAAAUAUAAAACUCAAAAUGAGUCGGAUACAAAGAAAGGGAAGG